AUGACCACGGCACUCGAGACGCUCGUCUGUGGCGGGAAAGAAAUUUUUUGGGCCGGCGACAUCUGGACCCAGCCACUGAAGCAUGCCAUCCUCAACCACACCCCCACGCUGAAACACCUUGAGGUGGUCGGAAUAGACAACCUUGAUGAUGUUCCACGGCAUCAAAGGAUCACUCUUGUCGGAAUGCGACGCCUCGAAGUAUUGCACAUCAAUUACAGCGCGCUAGAAGCUAUCGACUACAGUCCGCACCACCCAAAGACGCUCGUUCCCUUGCGAAUGUUGUUACCAGAGAGUCUCAAGAGACUCACGUUGCACUUUACCUGCUUCUGGGAUGAUAGGCACUCUGAUCCCAGCAAUGUGUCCGGCCUAUUGGACGAAGACUACACCGACUCACUUAUAUCCGUACUCUCGAUCCCAUCAUUAAAGACAUUCCACAUGGACGUUGAGUUUUGGUCCCACGCCCGCGACGUCUUCUUCUGCACUCUUCACAUGAUCGAACUUGCUGCUCAAACUGCGCAUGUCGACUUCACUUUCAGUAUUCGCGAGAUGGAUUCCGCGAUGCAUGAUCCUGACAUGAACGAGGAUGAUGCAGAGGAAGAGGCGCGUAGGUUGAUUUGGUUUGUCGAUUACAACAGUGACUCGGAUGACUCAGACUAG